AUGCGGGCACUCCCAGCCUCGCCCACCCUGGCACACGCAGCUCCCUGCCAGCUCCCUCCCUACCUGUCGCCCGGGCCCAAGUGCAGCAGGGCGGCCAUGUCUGGGGAAUCCCGGGCGCAGCGGUACCACGACGACCAGUAUCCCACCACGCCGCCUGGCAGCGACGCGGCCAUCAGUACGGGUGCAGGCGAGUGCUCCCCCAAGGAGCGGUACCCUCUGUGGGAGGUACCGCUGUGGACGGUGGCGGAUGCUGCCGGGAAGCCGCUGGACACCAUGGACCCGCCCGGGGACGCAUUCAAGCUGUACACACGAGAGGUACCGCGAGGCAGGGUCGGGCAGGAAAGGAAGGCAGGGGGCCAGCUGGCGCGGCGGCUGGCGGGGAACCGGGCGCCGCUGGGCCUCUUCUUCCACGCUGGCAUGGAGUCGCAGCCCGACCGCGUGGCGCAGCUGCGCCGCUUCAUCGCCGCCGCCGCCGCCACGCGCGACGUCUGGUUCGUCACCACCCAGCAGCUGCUGCGCUGGAUGGCAGCGCCGGCGGCGGCGGGCCGCCUGCGCGCCGCGGGCCUGGGCUGCAAGCGGCCGACAGACAUCAAGGGCCGAGCCUGUGCCACUUACGUCAGCGACUGCGUGUUUGGGAGCUGGGAGGCGAGGCGGUGCCGCUGCGCAUGCCUGGGGGAGGGCUCCCCGGGGGGCUACUGCAGCAACCGCCGCACCGAGCAGUGCACGGAGGCGUGCUGAGGCGUGCGCAGGGGGUCCGACGGGGCGCCGCCGUCCAGCGGCUUCGCGGCUGAGGCUGGAAGCCGCGCCUGGGUGGAUGCUGGCGCCUGCCGCGCCUCCCGCUGUGUGCCGGCCCGGGGGCACAUGCCGCUGCCUCAGCGGGCGGCUGGAUCCUUCUGUUUUGGCUCAGCAGACACGUGAAAUGCAUGCAUCAUUCUGAUACUUGAUUCGUAAGAAGCUUCCUAGCUCCGUCACAACGCUCCGCUCCCAAUCCGCCGCCACCGCUGUUCCUCCCGCAAACUGUGAUGUCGAGCUGGGG